GUUCAUCACUCUCAGUUUCUUAUUCUACUACCAAACCUUCUAAGCACGCACCUACAAAGAAAUAUGUCCCGCACAAAGGAAACUGCCCGCGCCAAGCGCAGCAUCACCUCCAAGAAGAGCAAGAAGGCUCCCAAGGCGGCGUCCGGUGUGAAGCACGCGCAGCGCCGCUGGCGUCCGGGCACCGUUGCCCUGCGCGAGAUCAAAUCGUACCAGAAGAGCACCGACCUGCUGAUCCAGCGCGCGCCUUUCCAGCGCCUCGUGCGUGAGGUGUCGAGCACGCAGAAGGAGGGCAUGCGCUUCCAGAGCAGCGCGAUUCUCGCGAUCCAGGAGGCGACGGAGGCCUACAUUGUGUCGCUGCUGGCGGACACCAACUUGGCUUGUAUCCACGCCAAGCGUGUGACCAUCCAGCCCAAGGAUGUGCAGCUUGCUCUGCGUCUGCGUGGUGAGCGUCAUUAAACCUCAUUGAGGAAUUUUUAAAGAAACAAACCGCAACUCCAAAAGGGUUACCUGAUGUUUCUUCAUAGAUGCUUUUUUUAUUAUUAUUUUCAUUAUAUCUUUUACAAUGAGUUCGUUUUUUACUUUUUCUAACAGAAAAUUCGAUCAAUGAUCCAGAUACGGAAAAGAGAGGGAGAAUUAAAAUGGGAAACAUUAUUUUCUUUUGUUUUUUUCCUUUGUGCGUCAAAACGCACGAGCGCUGGCCUUUUGGAAGGGUAUA